AUGUUAUACACUUUAACAAAGGAACAAAGAGAUCUCCGUAAGAAGGAGAAAAAGGUAAAUCAAGUCAACUGUCCAUUAUGUCCAGCAUCUCUAUAGGGACUGUUAAAAUCUAAGGCAUUUUGGUAAAUAAUUUUAUUAUGGUUCUCAGUAUAUUUUGUUUAAAUUAUGUCUGCAAAUCCCACAUUGUAAAAUAAAGAAAGGAUCCCUUAGAUGAUGAAAAAAUUGGCAAAAUCUGUCGAGAUUGCGAAGAUUAAAUUCUCUAUACAAAAAUUACUUCAAAGGUAUUAUUAUUAAAUCUAUAAAAAUUCAGCAUUAAAAAAAAGAAUAAGAACUAUAAGUUUAGUAUAAAGAAUUAUAAGGGAAUUUGGAUAAUGCUAAUGGUUAAUUUUAAGAUCUCUUAUCUUAAGAGUAAACAAUCAAAUACUAAAUCGAAAAAGCCUAAAAAGAAUUUGAAAAGAGGGAACAAUAAAUUAAAUUAAAUAUUAAAGAAGCAGAAAAUCGAUAGGAAUAAUGCAAUCAAGAGAGUUUGAAAUUAAGCGAAUAAUAUCGUAAGCUAGUCGAGGAAAAAUAGAGUAAAGAGAAGGAAAAAUAAAUUUUACAAGAAAAACAAGAAGAUCUGUAAAAUUCCAUAUUAUAAUAAGUUAAAAUAAAGAACAAAAACUAUCCAUUGAAAAGUAGUAAAUUCAAGAUCAAAUUGAUAUACUAAAUGAGAACAUUAGCAAACUUACUCAAGAAAUUGCCAGAAUUACUUCUGAUAAAAAAGGAGAAAAUAAAGGAUAAAAAAGUGUAUUUACUACAUACACUUCAAGUAACUUUGGCACAUUAUAGUUGGAUCCAAAAAUGCCUUCUGAGUUUGUUCCAAGGCCUAGUAGAAAAAAAGAAAUACUCGAUCAACCAGAUAGAGGAGAAGGAUUUUGCUGUAUGAAAGUCCUUCCAAGUAGUUCUAAGAAGAAGAAAAAUGUAUGA